AUGAACCACAUUCUCCUGUUCUGUUAUGACCCGCAGCAGAACGCCACAUACAGAAGCGCCGCUUUGUGGAUGCGGGUCACGGGCGUCACCUCUGAAGACGAGAGGCGGACCGGGCUAAUACCUCCAGCACUGUCAUUGUCACAGAGGGGUGUUACCACGGCGACCUUUGAUGGCUUCUUCCUCCGCCAGCGAAAACAGGAAGUGUGCGGCGUGCAUACAGAUGACUGCGAAAUCUGA